AUGUCCGUGCUAGAAUACGAGCACAAGUUCAAUGAAUUAUCCUGGUUUGCCCCUGAACUAAUUCCCACUGAAGAAGAGAAGUGCAGACGCUUUGAGGAGGGUUUAUGGCUGGAUAUUCAAGCAGUGGUCACCGCCACCACUUAUCCUACUAUGAGGGCACUGGCUCAAAUAGCAGAUCGUAUGGCAAAGAAGCUUAGUGCGGGUUCAGCAAGGCUUCGUAGGGAUGCAUCUGGCUUUGGUGGACCGAGUCAAGGUCCAUCAAAGAGGGUGGAUCCAACUCCACUUCAGCAGGCAGUGGAUGGUCCGGAGGACGUGGGUCCAAUUCUAGUAGUCGAAGAUCUGGGCGUAAGCCAGCUUGGAGUCAGCAUUCUGAGCAGCAAUUGA